AUGGCAACGUUUGCUUCAUCGGAACUUGCAAGGAAAAUCGCGGACGGAGAGGAAGAUGAGCCAACUUCUUCUACUUCAGGGACGUCGGUUCCGGAGGAGCAGUCAAAGCCAGAGCCGAAAAGGCUUGGGGCGAAAGAGGUAACGCAAAUAAGUUAAAUUUUAUAGUUGUGAGUCAUAUUUUCAGACACAGUCGAUUUUCGCACUGAAAAACGAGUUUCUAAAAAAGAGAAAUGCAUUGAUCAAAACGAAGCUUCCGGAUGCCUACGUUGCUGGGAAAUCGGCAAGUUUGCCCUUUUUUUUCACAAACUAGUUGAUCAAAAAGAUAUAAAAGUUUCAAAGUACACUCGAAAGAAAGUUUAAAUUUAGACAAUUUCUUCUAAAUCAUUUCUAUCUAUGUUUCAGAAUGUGAUCGCAAUGAAAAAGGAGGAGAAGACGGUUCUUUUGAGUGAAAAAGCGGCAAGAGCAAAGCGGAUAAAAGAAAAUGAAGACGCAAUACGGAGAGAGGAAAAUGAGAAAUUUGCUGCAGCCAAUCAAAAAUUGAAGGUUUCGACUCCUUGACUUUUUUUAUAAGCUCUUUUUCUUCAUAAUCGUUUCAAAAGACAUUGCUAGAACGUUGAGAAAACGUAGACUGAAUUCAGAAAUAUCGAGAAUAGUUUUUACAUUUAACUUUCAAGUUUAUCAAGGCUUCUCAACUUUUAGACGUCAUGUGAAGUAUUUUUGAAUGCAUCUGGGAAUAUUUGUAAAUUAUCUUUUUCCAGGAAAAAGCGGAACUUUACGACCGGUUGAAAGAGCAAAACGUUGUUCUUCACAACUCAGACAAUAGUCCGAUCGAGUUCAUGGUUUCUUUCGAAUUUAUCUAAUUUAUAAUCGGUCCUUUUCGUAGGUUGAUUUCAACGCGAAAAAGCGGCAAAAAGAGGCAGAGAAAGAGAGAGAAGAAGAAGAAGGACCAAUCAGAAGAGGGAGGGAACCUUCAAUUGAACGGUACCAUCACGCAGAAGGUAUGAUUUGAGAGGAAAAAUGUUUACGAAAAAAAGUCAAUAAUAACACGAAAAAUAUUUCGAUCUUUUGAAAAUAGUUGUUUUUCAAUCUUUCUAUUGAAGCGCUUUGCGUUUUCAAAAAGAAUAAGGAUGUCUUCUUAGAAUUCACGUUAAUUAAAGAAUUUUUCUGUUCAGAACAGCGCGUGUACGGUGUUUCUCACAUGCGGUUUUCUUCCAAUGAGGAAAAAAGAAGCGAGGAAAUCAAGGUUUUUCCAACGUUCCAUAGUUUCUUUUUAUUACGUUUGAUAUUUUAGGAGCUUCUGGACAUGUCGAAAAAGACACUGGAAGAGCGAAAUAAGAGAAAAAUGCAACAAGCGGAGAAAGAAAAACUGCGAAGAGCGAAAAUUGCAAAGCUUCGCGCUGCUGCCGGACUUCCAGGUAUUCCAAGGAGAAACAUGCAAGAAAAUUUUGAUAUUUCAGAAAAAGAACCGUCGCCAGAACCGGAGGUCAAUUUGGAAGAGAUUCCGAUUCCCGCUCCACACGAAACUCCUGAACAAAGAGUGAGUUUUGUUUUUAUUUCGAUCCUUAAACCAAUUAGUUCAGUAUAAAAAAAAGCUGUGAAAAUUGAAAUAUAAGCUGUGAUAAACUGCACAACUUUUUGAGAAUAGCAUAGCCAUAUCAUUAAUUAUUUACAAAUUGCAAUUCUUUCUUCGGGGAAAUGAUACUAACUAGUAAGAGAUUUAAUUUAUUUCCAACUUCAGAUUAAUUUUGAACAAACUCUUAGGACAUUGUGUUCCAUAUUGUCACGAGGUUCAAAGUUACUGAAAACCUGACAAUUUCGUGGGCGAUAACCGCAGUAAUCCCCCGAAGAAAAAACAGAGCAUUUGGCCUCUAAGGGAUCACUUAGACUUCUCCAGUGUUCCCUUAAAGAUCUCAAUUUGGAGGAGAGACAGCUCAGUUUUUGUUUUCUUCGAUGUCUGAGAAUUUGAAGAGACUUCUCAUUUUUUCGAGAAUUUUUUUUUUGUAACUUUUCAAUUAUAUUUGAAUCAACUUAACGUAAAAAACGCGCAAGAGUCGCUGAACAAAAGGAAGUUUCAGCACGAGCGGCUGAUCAAAAGCGACCGAGAAUGGGACCGCGGCAAGGGCCGUUACACGACAUGGAUCGAGAAGCAGCGCGACGAACGCGACGACGAAUUCAAACCUCCAGAAUCCUACUUCCGAAAGUAA